AUGGCCCCUUGGGGCGUCUUUGUCGCUGCCCCGACAGCUGCUUGGUACAGCUUCGGCUGGUGGAGCGACGAGUGGAAGAAGGUCUUGACACUGGGCAUCUAUGAGCCCCCUGCCAUUCACUGGGACUACUGCAUGAACAAUCGCUCCGAUUUCGUGAAGUUCCAUGCGCAGCGGCUGGAGAAAGAGUCAAUCGAAUGCCUGCUCCUUGCCAUCUCCUCCACUGCCUGUGUUACCAGGCUCCGACACAAUGUGGCUCGUGCGACUUCUGCUUGUGCGCCCUCCCUCGCUGCGCUGCUGAUAGACUGUGCGCUCAGCCGGCGAUCCAGGGCUCUCCAGCAACUCAUGGCGUUGCAGGAAGAUUGCGCAGCAAAGCGCGCAGAUCAGCAGCCGGGGUCCAAGCGUGCACGCAGAGACAUGGGCGAGAUGUCCACCGAGAUCGUCCACAAGACGGCUUAUUGGGGCUCCAUUCGAGUGGGCACACCAGCGCAGGAAUUCAAGGUGAUUUUCGACACCGGCAGCGGGAAUUUGAUCCUCCCCACCGCGAAGUGCACUUCGGACGGGUGCGCGCGGCACAAAAAGUACGUCCCGGAGCAGUCUUCGACCUCCAAGGAGGUGACAAACGAGAACGGUGAGGGAUCGACAGAGAUCACGUUCGGCACCGGCUCCAUCACAGGCGACUUUUACGAGGAUCGCUUCUGCAUCGCAGAGUCCUUGUGCUCACAGGUACGCUUCAUCGGCUCGGUCGAGCAGAGUGCCGCGCCUUUUUCCUCCACCCCCUUCGAUGGCAUCUUGGGCCUUGGCUUCAAGGAUCUGUCAAUGGGGCUGAACUUCAACAUCUUGGACGACAUGUAUCAGACAGGCUCCCUACCUGCCGGGCAAUUCUCGGUUUUCUUGACUGAGGAUGGCUCCAGCGAAAUUACCUUCGGUGGCUACAGGCCCGAGCAGUUGGCCUCGGAGGUGGUUUGGGCGCCCGUGACGCACGAGUCCUACUGGCAGGUGGCGGUUCAGGACAUCACAUUCGACAACAGCGACACUGGCCUUUGCGGCAUUAUGGGGUGCCAGGUGGCUGUGGACACCGGUACGUCGAUGUUGGCUGGUCCACCGGCCCUCGUCAACAGUCUGCAGGAAAGGGUCGCUGCACGCGCGGACUGUUCCAACUAUGACAGUUUGCCAAACAUCGGUUUCAAGGUUGGCAACAAGGCUGGCUAG